GCGGCGAAACUGCACAUCAUACAUAAAUAAUACAAAUUGAGAUUGGUCAUGAGGAUCUUUUGUGGAAGAGCUAAUCCAACCACUGGUGCAAUGGAGUGGUUAGAAGAGGAUGAGAACUACGACUACCAUCAGGAAAUAGCAAGAUCACGCUACGCAGACAUGCUUCAUGAUAAAGACAGAAACGUGAAGUAUUACCAAGGUAUUCGUGCUGCAGUGAGCAGAGUAAAAGAAAGAGGUGAGAAAGCAAUUGUUCUAGACAUAGGGACUGGCACAGGACUCCUGUCUAUGAUGGCAGCUUCAGCAGGUGCAGAUUUCUGCUAUGCAGUUGAGGUUUUCAAGCCCAUGGCUAAUGCUGCUGUGAAGAUAGUGGAGAAGAAUGGUUUUCGUGACAAGAUCAAGGUAAUCAACAAGCACUCCACUGAAGUCACUGUUGGCCCAGAUGGAGAUAUGCAAUGUCGUGCAAACAUCCUGGUAACAGAAUUAUUCGAUACAGAGCUGAUAGGAGAAGGAGCUUUACCAAGCUAUGAGCAUGCACACAAAUAUCUUGUGCAGGAAGGAUGUGAGGCAGUGCCUCACAGGGCAACGGUGUAUGUCCAGUUAGUGGAAUCCAAAAGAAUGUGGUCCUGGAACAAACUGUUUCCUAUUCAUGUGGAAGCAGAGGAUGGUGAAAAAGUUAUCGUCUCCCCUUCAGAAGUGGAGAACUGUCCAGGUGUUCCUUCUGUUUGUGAUAUCCAGCUGAACCAGAUGCCUUCAAGUGACUUCACCAUCCUUAGUGAUGUGGUGCCAAUGUUCAGUGUGGAUUUCAGUAAGCCAGUAAGGAGUGCUUCUACCUACUAUAGAGUGCAGCUGGAGCCUGUAAAAUCUGGCAAGGCACAAGUCGUGCUUUCCUGGUGGGAUAUUGACAUGGACCCUUCUGGGAUGAUAAAUUGCACAAUGGCUCCAUACUGGGUAAAAUCCACUUCUGCUUUCCAG